GCGGUUGCGAGAAGUGUACACUGUAUUACUUACUCUAACUAAUAUCCCUGGAGAUGCAAAUGCACAAUCUCCAUUCACAAAAUUACUCCACCCUUGCUUGUUUUCCUGCUUCCAUAUUAAUAUAUCCUUGCUCCGUUGUGUAAUAUUUCCAGCAUGGAAAUCCUGUCUAGUUAUCCGCUCGUUGCUCUCUGUGCGCGCAAUCCAAGCAGACUCGGCCUCAUGAGAUAAUACACCGGUCUUGCUGAAAUAAUCUGUAUAUCGUUUUAUUCACCAAUGGGCUUUUGUUUCUUAUACUGGGAUGCAUCUAUGUCUCGAGCAAAGUUGCCUUUAUAAACCCCCCGUGCAUGGUCGAUUCACUGCCACCUCGUUUAAUCCCUUGCAUAAUACAUCCAUCCAUCCAGUAUUAUUCCAAACCUAUAUGUAUGCGCAUGCUUGUAUCUUCUUCCUCCUACAAUGGAACAUUCACCAUCCAUAUCUCGAGCUUCCACGGAGGAUCCUGACGACGAGCUCCCUGGCAAACGACCGUCUUUUGCAGGCUUCCCGCCCAUCUUCGUUCUCCCAACUCACCUCACUCUGGAUGAAUUGCAUCAAGUCGAAGAGACGCUGGCAGACUGCCGCGCACCUCUGACAUAUGAUGUCUCUGAGGCUAAAUUAGUCUUAGGGAAGGUGAGCCAGAAGAAACGUGCAGCGCUGGAGUUGAGGUCGCGUGGUCUCUGGACGGAGGAAGUAAGCAACAGUACACCCAGUCCGGAACCGCCUGUUAAACGAAGACGGUUGGAAAGGGGAGUCGAAAAGCAGCUCAAGACACGCACAGAGGAAUCUGAGGUGAUCAACCUGGAUACAGAAUCAGAGAACGAAGUGGAUGGUGAAACGAGUCAUCAUGUCCCGGCAAAGCAUCUCAGAAAAGCGAAAUCGCCAUCUCCAGCAGCGGCUUCGACGACUUCAUGCGCGACGACUUCUUCUUCUCUUGCCCUAGCUCCUGCGGGAGAGGUCAAGGUCGUCAAGCUCGAAUGGUUCCAUGAGUGCAUGGAAGCUAGGAAGUCGUUAUCUCCAGCUCCUUAUGUCGUCUAUCGCGCUCGAGUCAUCCCUCGUCCGGAGAACUUGAUGGUCACUGCAGUCACCAGGUUUGACAGCCGUUCUGUGAGCUCAGCCUCUCCGAGUCCGACCAGGACAAGCAAAGACACAGAUGCAAAACGUAUCCUGGAUCGCGCAAGGGAGGAUGCAGCGUCAAAGCCAUCACCAUCUUUCAUGAAACCGCAUGUCGCGACUCGCCGAUCAAGGGAGCGAGAGGACGGCCGUCAAAGUCAGUGGCAGCCCCCGAAGCUAUAUCGACAGACUACAUCCGAACAUGACGCGGCUGUUCCUCUACCACCUGCUCCGGACUGGGUCAAAAACAAUAUCACCUACGCUUGCAUGCGGUCUGCACCGCUCCAUCCGCCAAAUGAGAGGUUCAUAGAACAGCUCAUCAAGAUCCGCAAAGCGAGAGAGUUGACGCUGGAUGAGAUCGGCGUCCGGGCAUACAGUACUUCAAUCGCAGCCAUAGCAGCCUAUCCUUACGAGUUCCGAACUCCAAUGGAGGUCCUCUCCCUCCCUGGCUGCGAUACUAAAAUUGCCAGUCUCUUCGCUGAGUUCAAAGAGAGUCCCGACGGCACUGUAGCCGCGGCACGGGUACUCGAUACAGAUCCAGUCCUACGCACUCUCCACACAUUCUACAACAUCUGGGGAGUAGGUGCCAAAACAGCUCGCGAUUUCUACUAUCUGCGCGAAUGGCGCGAUUUAGACGACGUCAUCGAGCACGGCUGGGACACGCUCUCGCGCGUGCAGCAGAUCGGAGUCAAAUACUACGAUGAGUUCGGCCAAGGCAUUCCGCGCGCUGAGGUUGAAGAAAUCGGCCGCAUUAUCCAUCGUCAUGCGAACCGCGUCCGUCCAGGAUGCGAAUACGACGGCCGUGGAGUCGAAUGUAUCAUCGUCGGCGGCUAUCGUCGCGGCAAGGAUGUCAGCGGCGACGUCGACCUUGUCCUCAGCCAUCGCAACGAGACCGUAACGAAGAACCUGGUCGUCGAUGUCGUCCGAAGUCUCGAGGAAGAAGGCUGGAUCACACACACCCUAUCUCUGCACAUGACGACUUCCCAUCGCGAUCAACAAACCCUCCCUUUCCGCGGCGACGACCCUCCAGGCCAAACAUUCGACACUCUCGAUAAAGCCCUCGUCGUAUGGCAAGAUCCCCAUUACGACGACAACGACAACGACAACGACAACGACCAUAACCCAAACACCGAAACUGAAACCGACCUACCACCCGAAGACCAAGCGCGUGCAAAACGACGCCGAAACCCGAACCCCCACCGUCGUGUCGACAUCAUCAUCUCUCCCUGGCGGACCGUCGGCUGCGCCGUACUUGGCUGGUCUGGCGAUACUACCUUCGAGCGCGACCUACGACGAUACGCGAGGAAAGCGCACAGAUGGAAGUUUGAUUCGAGCGGUGUUCGGGAACGGACGUCUGGUGGACAGGUCAUAGAUCUUGAGCGUGGAGGCGCCACGUGGGAAGAGAGGGAGAAGUUGGUCAUGGAAGGGUUGGGUGUGGGAUGGAGACCGGCGACGGAGAGGUGUACGAGGUAGUUAGUUAACAUAAGGUAAAUAUAG